AUGAAGAAAUGCACCAAUUGGAUGCAGGACCCAACAGCCACUCCCCUGGACCUCACGCACCUCAAUAUAACUGCUGAAGACAGGGAAAAAAAAGAGAGUGAUCAGAAAAUCACAUCCAAAGUGAGUGGAACACUGACCACCUACACCCAGGUUGGCCUGGCCGCGGGGCAGCAAUACACAGUGACCAUUGUCGGAGAGACGGAUGGCAAGACAGGAACAGAGAGCAUGGCAGAGUUCCAAACCUUGAUCUCCGGCCCCACAGACCUCCAAGUUGUGAAGAGAAGCACAACAUCUGUUAUUGUUCAAUGGGAGCAAGCACUGGGGGAGAUAGACAGAUACAUCCUCCUCGUAUCACCCAAUCAGACGGAUGGAUCAGGCAGGGGAAGUCAAGAGAUGAAGCUGCCACCUGAGAGAGACUCUGCCCAAAUUGAUGGUCUGGAACCUGGUCGUUUGUAUGACAUCUCUCUGGUUGCAGAAAAGGACGGUGCACAGAGCCUGCCAGCAACUGUGCAGGCAACUCCUGGCCCUGAGCCUCCCUCUAACCUCGCCUUCAGUGAGGUGACUGAGAGCUCCCUCACCGUGUCCUGGACCAGACCCAAGAGCCCAGUGUCUGGGUUUAAAGUUACAUACACAAACAAACAGGAUGGAGAGCCUGUUUCUGUGACAGCAGAUUCUACAGACUCUAGUCUGGCUCUUUCAAAGCUUUCUCCUGGCUCUUCUUAUGAGGUCAGCGUGAUAUCCGUGCUUGGACUGGACGAGAGUGACUCAAUCGGUGACAUAGCACUGACACUACCUGACCCACCAACUGACCUCAGGGCCAUAAAUGUCACUGAUACGAAGGCCCUGUUGCUAUGGAGACCAGCCCUGGCAACCGUCGACCAAUACGUCAUCGUCUACGGCUCUGAGGAAGUCCCUGGGUCUGAGUUGACGAUCAAAGUGUCCGGUAACGCAGCGGAGCAGCAGCUGCAGACUCUGAAAGCAUCUACAAAAUACACAGUCACCAUCGUCAGCCAGCUGGGAGACCGCAAGAGCUCAGGAACCACCACCAUCUUCACCACUUCCAGCGGCUCUGGGGGAAGAGGGGAGGGGCCUCGCGACCUAACAGCCAGCCAGGUGACCCCACGCACAGCCGUGUUGUCAUGGAAACCACCGGCUUCAACAGUGACAAACUACAAGCUGACCUACUUUACAGAGGGCCGGGAGACUCAGGAAGUGAUCCUUGACCCUCACGUCACUGAGUACAAGCUGACCGGACUGCACCCCUCAUCCACCUACACAGCCCGACUGCAGGGCCAGAGAGGAGGAAUCUUCACAGCAGCCAUCUCCACAGAGUUCAGCACAGGUUCCCUGCGGUUCCCAUUCCCCUCUGAUUGCUCUCAGCAGCUGCAGAAUGGGAUGCGAGAGUCGGGUGCGAUGAAGAUUUUCCCAGGAGGAAAAGAGGGCAAACCGGUCAGAGUUUACUGCGAUAUGGAGACUGAUGGAGGAGGCUGGACGGUCUUCCAGAGAAGAAAAGAUGGCAAAACAGACUUCUUCAGGGGCUGGCAAGACUACAGUAAGGGCUUUGGAGAGCUGGAUGGAGAGUUUUGGCUCGGAAAUGAGCUGCUCCACAAUCUGACCAUGGUGACCCCAAUGACUCUGAGAGUGGACCUGAGGUCAGGAGAUGAAUCUGUCUAUGCGCUCUACUCCACUUUCUCAGUGGACUCGAUGAAAAAACGCUACAUGAUCCGAGUGUCUGGCUAUUCAGGCACAGCAGGUGAUUCUCUGACGUACCAUGAUAGACGGCCGUUCUCCACGCGGGAUCGUGACCCCCAGCCCUUCAUCACCCGCUGUGCCAUGUCCUACAGGGGUGGCUGGUGGUACAAGAACUGCCACGAAGCCAACCUAAACGGCCUCUACAACACUCACACUAACCACCAGGGUGUAAUUUGGACCACAUGGAAGGGAAAGGACUUCUCCAUUCCUUUCACUGAGAUGAAGUUCCGCCCAGCCUCAUUCAACCCCCGAACACAAGGAUAGACAGAACGAGA